CUCUAUGCUCAAUUUCUAUGCAAUUUGUAACUGUUAUGUAAACUUAAUUUAUAUAUUUUUUAGUUUUGCCUUUUUCGGUAAAAGAAUAUAAAUCUGAAACCAUUAUUUUUGUACACCCUUCUUUUAACUUGAAUUUUUAUUUCAACUUUGCCACAAUCCGUAGUGUUUCUUGAACUGUUUUUCAGUUUUGUCCCAUUUCGUUUAUCCCACUACUCUUUGUUCCUCUACAUUUCGUUUUGAUUUAAGUCCAAAGGCUUUUUGUAUGCAAAGUACCAUUCAACCAUUAAACGAUUGCGAUCUAAGAACUGUUAGUUAGUUAAACUGUAUCUAUAAACUCGAACGGCAAACUGCUACUGUGUGUAUCUUAAUCAAAAAAAUCUGUAAGUGCGGCAAUAAAUGUGCCAUAAAUUAAAACUAACAAGGGAUUUCCCAAUCCUAACAUAACAAACGUCAAACUGAAGCGCAUUGAAUGAAUGUAACCACGAAAUCUCGCAGAUACUUACUUGCACCAAAGCGAAUGCCGCUAAGUUGGCAGAUAAUCCAAUUACGUUAACACUGACGAAAGGUCGUAGAAGCAUGGCUAAUUGUCUGUCUGGCGCCUUUCUGCGGUGAAUGCAUAACAUUCGGUGGUGUCAGUGUCAGUGGGCCAGGCAAUCGAUAGAUCGAACCACGAAUCGAUUUUGCGUUAAUAACUUUAACUUAUUCCCGAAAGACUUUCCGAUCGGUGAUGGUUUCCUGUUGACCGGAGAAAGCCUAUUAGUCCAUUAGCACUCGGCAGGGAAUCCACAGUUAUUAGCAAUCCCAGUAGUUCUUUACAUAAUUUUCGUCUGUUCAAUCCACCGCAGGGUGGUGAGAAAUAUACCUUGCGCAGUUGUGUCAUAGGUUCAGGGGGCAGCAGCUGGCGAAAGCCGAGCCGUGGCGUAUACUUAAUUUAAUUUGCUUCUGCAUUCUUUUAGUACAGCCAUAGUCGCGCUUUUCGUGCAGAUUUAGUCACGAUUUUGAAUUUCCCAAGAACGCGCGAUCCGCAAUUUAAACAGAUUUGUGUCUCCCUAGUAGUUGCAACUACUUAUAUUGUGUUAUAUUGUUUUUUAAAAAUAAUUUAUUUAAACAGAACGACUAUUACUUGUAUGAAGUGAACUAUAAAAGUGUUGAUUUGUGAUUGUGGUUCAUUCAAUGCGCAACGGAAUAAACUAUUUAAAUAAACUUAAUUGAACACUAAAGUAACUUUAAGUCUAUAGUAUUUUAAUGCAAACUUAAAUAACUAAAGCCGUCAAAUUAAGAAAACAACAUACACACCAACAAGCCCACCAAAUUAAUUCUAAAAUAAUGUCAAAAAAGCUCCCAACUAUAUCCGUAACUGCCGACAAGCGUUCCACACACUCCGAUUUAUCCUCCUCAUCGUCAUCCCAUGACACCGAUAGCAAUGACAUGGACUAUGGGCGCAAUGGCGCCGGGGGCGUAACCGAUGUCGAAGAUUUUGACAGUCAGGUGGAGGUGCUUAAGCCAAGCUCCCGGCGGAACUCUUGCAAUGUCGCCCUGAAACCAAAAGCCCAUCCUAAAGCAAGUGGUGGCGAUAACGAUGUCACUGACGUGGAGGACUACGAUACUGAAUCUGACGAUGACGAAAAGAGCACGGCCUACCCCGAACUAAAGCUGUCGCUGAGAGAGUUUCUCCAGCAGGGACACCAGAAUCAGGAAGCAGUCGACAAUGAUGCGAAAGAGAGCUGUGAGAUAAAAGCUGGUGAUUUUGUGCAGGCACAAAACCUGAAUGGAAUGGCAGACUAUCUGACUGAUUGUGAGGACUACGAUACAGAUUCUGAAGUGGGCUAUGGCUGUGAGAAAUCCGUCUGCGUUGAUCUGGACCAAGCUAUGGGCGAUCAGGGUCGAGUCAACAUAGCCGAUGGCGAGAAAAACCAGGACGAUUCCGAUCAGUACGAAGAUGUGUCUGUGAUUAGUGACAUCAGCGAUUUAGCCUCAGCCAUGUCCGAUUGCACCGGUAUUGGGGUGCGGGGCAUGUCCGAAGAUGAGGUUUUGAAGGUAUCCGAUAGUGGCCACGAAGAGGUUUGCCAGAUUGCCUGCUCGGGCAGCGAUUCCGAGUCAGAGGGGGCCGCUGCCUGGAGUCGGAGUGUAAGUGAAAAUAGUUUUCCGGCCAUUGAUGUGGCCUUUAUAAGUGCCAGUGGUCAGCCGCGACGCAACUCAAAGUCCAGUAUGCCCAUGUCAGGACAGAAGAAUUUUUUGCAACUUGCUGCGAAAAACGAAGAGGUUUUAACUGAUGUUGAGGGCAUCGACGACUCGGCAGCAGAAGAUAGCUUUGAUAAUGAGGAGGACGACGAGCAGCCCAUUCCUCGCGCCAUUAUCCUUGCCUCCGGCGAUGACGGGACCUGUCUUACUGAUGUGGAGGACAUGUUCUGUGAGGACACAUCGUUGUCUAGUGCAGAGCCCGAAGUACGAUCAAUCUGCCACAAAGCCCUCCCACUUCCACAUCGCGAGGUGGUGGAAUUAAAGGAGGAUAAGUAUGGGGACACCAUUACCAAUGUAAUGCCAAUGGACAGCAACUAUGAGUUUGGAAUUUACAACCACCUGAAGGACAUGAUCCACACCGAUUCCGAGGACUAUUCGUGCGCCGAUGAAUGGAGCCUUCACCAUUCCCUGGUCGAAGACGCUGCGGUGGGUGGACCCAGCCUAAUUGAAAACGAGGUGAUCGUGUCCAAUGAACUUUUGAAACAGCAACAAAACAAACGCCUAGAGGUGCAGACCAACGCAGAGUCUGUGACAGAUGUUGAGGAGAUUUUUGUGGCCGGAACAAAUCGCCGCAAGAAGUUAAAGACUCGCACUCUGAGCAAAGGCAAGAAUAAAUUACUCGAAGCCGUUAAGGGCAAAGAGGAGGGAGUUACAGAUAUCGAGGACAUGGAUCUGAGUGAAUGCGGCUUACCUCCGGGAGUAAAGCGCAUUGAGCAACUAAAACAACAGGCUAAGAACUUUAAUGCGGACAAAGUAUCUGAUGCCGAGGACGUAUCCACAGAUGAUGUCUCCGACAUAUCGGAAAUCUCCGAUGCUCCAUCGCUAUCGACGGGGGAAAAAUUUAGCGGCAAGACAAAGCCACAACCGCUUCACUUCCGUUUGCUAAACGAUGAUAUAAUGAAUCAGCAGCACUCCGAUAUUGAAGACGUUCAGUUGCCGUCUGAUGCGGAGGAUGCACUAGAACCACCAGUCAUUCCAGUGGCUAACAGCAAUAGUAAGGAGCUAAAUGAUAUGUUGAACGAGAGCUACACGGUGGUGCACGAGAAGAGUGGUCGCAGUUUCAACAGCGAAGCCGAGAAGCUGCAUACAAAAGGCAUGAUCCGAGAUGCCCAUACCGACGUUGAGUAUGUUGAGUCCGACGAGUCAGCCGCUAGGGGAGGCAACUAGCCUCCUUUCCGUGCCCUCAUACGGUCCCAAGCUGUUGCCAAAAUAAAUCUCAACAAUAGUUUAUAAGUGUUCAUAGAUACGAAAACCCAACACACACACUCAAGCAUUUUAAACCCUACAGGAAAAAAAAGUAGAACUACCCACUCUGGACACAGCAAAUAUCUCGAAGGAAAUAA